GUUCCAAGGAGGAAAUUCUUGCCCAAACCUUCCUCCCCGAUCUAACCACUCCCUCGUGUGCUGAUAGUGCUCUGGAAAUGAGACUGCUGUCCACCCUCAGGCGGAUUUUAAUCAUCUUUUAAGCAGACAUGGCUACUUUGUUGGACGACCCAAUGGAGAGGCUUCAGGACGAGGUCUCUUGUUCCAUCUGCCUGGAGUAUCUGAAGGACCCAGUGACCAUCGACUGUGGCCACAACUUCUGCCAGGCGUGCAUCUCGGACUUUUGCAAGCGAGGAGCCGGUUCCGCAACCGGGGCAGCUCUCUGCCCCCAGUGCCGGACGGGGUUCUUGCUAAGCAGCUGCCGCCCCAACAAGCAGCUGGCCAAUAUUGUGGAGGGCAUCGAGCGGCUGGCUCGGAGGCCCAGCCAAGGACUCGUCGAGGCCCUGUGCGAGAAGCAUGGCAAAAAGUUGCGGCUUUUCUGCCAGGAUGACGGGGAGCCCAUUUGCUUGGUGUGUGACAAAUCUCGGGAGCAUCGUAAGCACUCGGUCCUGCCCCUUGAGGAAGCCGCUCAUGACUACAAGAUGAAGCUCCAGGAAGCUGCAGACAUUCUCAGAAAAAUGCUGGCAGAAGCAAGAAAUCUGGAAGCCCAGGAGGAGGAGAAAACCUCCCAGUGGAAGGAGAAAGUCGAGAAACACAGAGCCCUCAUCAAAUCAGGGUUUGAAAGACGCCGCCAGGCAAUGGCUGAAGAGGAGCGGCUGCUUUUGAAGCAUCUUCAAGAGGAGGAGCUGGGAACCCUGAAGAAGCUGGAGAUGAAUUGGGCCUUCCUUCUUGGGCAGUGUGCUGGGCUGCAAAACCUCAUCUUGGAGAUGGAACAGAAGUGUCAGGAACCAGCUGUCUCCUUGCUGAAAGAUGUGAAAAAGACCUUGAGCAGGAGUGAAGGAAUAUCUCUGAAAGAACCGCAGCCAAUUUUGAUAGAGUUGCAAGACUCAUAUGAUGUCCCUGGACUUAUGGAGUCAUUUCAAAGAUACAACGCAUCGGUGACCUUCGAUCCUGAGACAGCCAAUCCUUACCUGCUCUUAUCAGAUGAUCUCCUCAGUGUUCAAGUGGUGGAUCAGAAGCAAGAUCUGCCCAAGAGCUUGUCUCGCUUUGAAACAUGCACUUGUUUAAUGGGCCGUGAGCAGUUCACAUCUGGAAAACAUUACUGGGUGGUUUGUGUAGACCACAAGUCCAGCUGGACACUUGGAGUGUGCAACGAAUCAGUGAGCCGCCAAGGUAUCUUCACCCCCUCACCGGCAAUAGGGUUCUGGACUGUGUGGUUGAGGAAUGGGGAUGAAUACGCAGCCCUUACCUCCCCCCUCACAGAACUAGUGCUGAGAUCAAGCCCAAAGCUGAUUGGCAUCUUCCUGGACUAUGAAGCAGGAGAGGUUUCCUUCUAUAAUGGUGAUACUGGUUCCCACAUCUUUACCUUCUCAGAUUCCUUCUCUGAGACCCUUCGGCCUUACUUCUACCCUGGAAUCCAGGCAGGGGGCCUCAAUGAUGCUCCCCUAGUCAUCCAGCCAGCCAAAGAUCAGUCAAGUCUUUCUCUUCUCACCAGUGAGACCUCUUCAUAUCACUAGGGCUGGUUCCAGAUGAACCAUUGAAUAUGGAGUGGGACGUUCCAUGGGACAUCCAGGUGAUGUUAUUCAUUGCUCAUGAUAUCCUCGUCAGUGUCUCUUUGACAUGUUUUCACCCCUUGAGACAGAGGCCGCCCCUGUAUCACAAAAAUGUUUCUAAAUGGAUCUUUGGAUAUGGAAUAGACAUGGCUUAUUCCUGUAAUUUCAUGAGAUGUUGCCAUACUAUAGGCAUCCUAUCAUCUUUUAAGUUCUUUAUCUCUGAGUGAGACCCCCCUUUUUUUCCCAAAGGGGAACGGAAAAACAAUUCUUGGGGACUGAGGAGAUGAUGGAGUAUGUCCUGAGAAUGUAUGUUAGCAUUGGUAAUUAUUAUUACGACUGAUGCUGGACUUACAUGGAUAUUUAUUUUAGUUGAUAUUAUUAUUUCUACAGCUUUUCUAAACUGCUUGGAUACUUCUGAUGGAAGUGGCAUAAAAGCACAUGAAUGAAUGAAUGAAUGAAUGAAUGAAUGAAUGAAUG